AUGGACCAGCCGGACGGAUACCUGGAUGCAACACAGCCGGACUAUGUGUGCAAGCUAAAGAGAUCACUCUACGGCUUGAAGCAAUCGCCUCGCAUGUGGAACCAAACAAUCGAUGGGUUCAUGAUCAAGAUGGGAUUCAAGAAGUGCGAAUCGGACCACUGCAUCUACAUCAAGCGAGACGACCAAGACAUGAUUCUCGUGGUGCUCUACGUCGAUGAUCUCAUCCUGGCCAGCAGCAACAACGAACUCCUCAAGUCAACCAAGAUGGCGCUGAGCAAACGCUUCGAAAUGACGGAUCUCGGUGAGCUCGAUUACUUUCUCGGCAUGGAGAUCAAGAACGACCGUAAGACGGGAAUGGUGACUGUACAACAAACCAAGUUUCUCAAGUCCGUGUUAACCAAGUUCGGAAUGGAUAACAGCAAGCCAGUGAAGACGCCUCAAGAUCCCGGCCUGAAGCUAACCAAGAACAUGUGUGAACAAGAAUGCAAGCACGAAGACACCAUGUGCAACGUGCCAUAUCGAAGUGCUGUCGGAGGCAUCAUGUAUCUCAUGGUCGCCACACGUCCGGAUCUAGCUGCUGCAGUGGGAUCAUUAUCCCAGUUCUCGUCCGACCCAUGCCCGACUCACUGGCAAGCUUUGAAGCGUGUGCUGAGAUACCUGCAAGCAACGCCCAAUCAUGGUCUUGAGUUUACACGUGAAGAAGGAAGCCGUAUCUGCGGGUACACCGACGCAGACUGGGCCGGCGACAUUGAGUCAAGACGAAGUACAAGCGGCUAUGUGUUCAUGAUGAGCGGAGGAUGCAUCAGCUGGAAAAGCCAGAAACAACGGACGGUCGCGCUAUCUUCAACAGAAGCAGAAUACAUGGCGCUUUCCGAAGCAACCAAAGAAGCAGUAUGGCUCAAAGUGCUUUUGGGGGAACUUGGUGAGAUGACAAGCGACGAAGCGAUCAAGAUGUAUGAAGACAACCAAGGAUCAAUCGCUCUCGCCAAGAACCCGGAGUUCCAUAAGAGAACAAAACACAUCGACAUACGCUACCAUUUUGUGCGUGAGAAGGUGGAAUCAGGUGAAGUCGUUUUGGAGUAUUGCCCGACUCAAGAUAUGCUGGCAGACAUGAUGACCAAGCCGAUCGCCGCUGUACAAUUUGAAAACAUUCGCGAUCGACUUGGGAUCCAAGGUGCCGCAGCUAACGAGUCGAGAGGGAGUGUUGAAAAGACAGCGGCUGUGAAGAAGACACCUCGUCAAGCUGCGUCAAGUGUUGAAGCAAGUGGAAGACCAAGCUUCGCUAUACCGGUGGGUACCGGUAUGUACCAGUAA